AUGAUUAGCUUGAGGAACUAUGUCGUCACCAGCGCCCUCGUGGCCGCUGCUGUCUUUUACCACGCGUUCGCUACCCGCAGGCACUUCUUCCCGGCGACGCUGUACCUGUCAACGUCGAAGCUGGCUGUUGCCGUCGUCGGGAACCUCAGCUUUGCGACGGCGCUCUGCCUCUACAACCUGGUGAUCAAGGUCUUCCUGGGGUCGCUGCGGGAGAUAGAGCUGGAGAGAGUCAAGGAGAAGCUGUCCAGCGCGAUCAUGGAGACGUGCCUGGCCCUCACAAUCUUCAGGUGCGCGCGCGCCGCGCUUGCGCGCGCACGCACGCGCGUGCGUCCGCGUGUUUGA